AUGUACGGUAUUGAUCAUGCUGCCACACUUGCAAUUGUUGCACCAGUCCUUUACGAAAGGCUUAAGGAAUCAAGAAAAGAGACAAUGGCAGAAGCAGCUGAGUACGUUUUUGGUGUUCAUGAAGGAACUGUUGAUCAAAAGGCCGACAAGUUCAUCGAAGGAAUCCGCAAUUUUGCUAUUAAACUUGGCAUGCCAUUGAAGGUUUCAGACUUCCCUAACGCUUCAAAGAUUCAAGAAGGAGAUGUUAAAUUCCUUGUUGAAAGAGCUUUAGAAUUAGGAAGAGGUCAACAAUAUGGAUACAACAACGAAUUGAAUGCAAAAGUUGUUGAAGAGAUUCUUUCUAAAGUUGUUCAAUAA